AUGACUGAACUGUUUUUGAGAAAAAUGGUUGCUGGCUAGAGACUUUUCUGCAUUUUUGGUAGUGCUCCAUUUGUUGAAUGGGUUGUAAAUAUUAUUGUUGAUUGCGGUGUUUGGCCUGGAUGCAUAAGGUCUGAUUAUACAACUAGAAUAGACGGAGCUUUCCAAACUAAUAAAAAAGAAAAAGAAAAGACUAGUCAAAUAUCUCGGCCUAAAUAUAUUACUUCCGAAAUAGCAAAAGAUUAAUACAUUUAAUAAUUUGGAAUCGAUAAUAUGCUUGGAAGUUUGGUUGAUGAGAUGAUUAAUUCAAAGCCAAAGUAUCCAAUAACUUAUAUGAUCGACUGGUUGGAGAAAAAGAAGGAUUUACUACCAGAGUUAAGCAACACUAAAGCUAAAGAUCCAGAUUUUUGGAGAAACUACUGGCAAACUGAUUAUGUAAAAUGGUAAUCUCCAGAAGUUAGCCCUUGGCUUUAGUCUCUUUGUAAAAAGUACUUAAAAAAAGAUAAAAAUAUGACAGUCUAUUUCCCUCUUUGUGGAAAAUCAGUGGAUAUGCUCUGGGUUUAAAGAGAAUUCGAUUGUAAAGUGAUAGGAUCUGACUGUUCAGCUAUUUGCUGUGAGGACUUCUUCAUUGAAAACAGACUGCUUGGCCACAAAAAUGAAUAGGUUUGUACAGGAAAAAGUGGAACACCUGUUGUAAAGCAUACUUGCACCGAAGUAAACAUUGAGCUCUACUAAGCAGAUUUCUUUGAUUUGACUUCAGAUAUUAUAGGAAAAUUUGAUGUGAUUAUUGACAGAGCAGCAUUGGUAGCACUUCAUCCAUCUAUGAUUUAACCCUGGUAUCUUCCCUUAUUAGUUUCUCUAUAUACUCCUAAAAUGGAGGGUCUCACAUUUUUCGCUUCUGUAAGUAAUGCACCAUUACCAGUGGCACCUCCUCAUUGCUACAAAAAGGAUCAAAUUGAAUCAAUAUUAACAGAAUUUUUCGGAGAAAUCAAGCAUAUUGAAGAUUAUUCAUAUUAAUUAGAUAUAGGAAGAGUUACUGAACCUAUUUAUGUACUUAAAAAACCACUACUAAAGAAGGAAUGA